GUGUUUCGCUUGUCGUCCACAUCCUUCCAACGUCUCUGAACCCAUCUUGUCUCGUCCCUAAACCCAAAACCUCAAAUCCGCUUCCGCUCCUCCUCCGCCGCCGCCGCCGCCGCUUCAAUUUCACUCCACAAACUUAAUUCCCUCCCAUGUCCACUCCCUUCGACCAGCUCCAGCCCCCGCCGACCGCUCAUUCCGGCCACGGCUCCGUCGGCCCAGUCAUAGCCGUCCUCGCAGUCAUUUCCAUCCUCGGCGUCAUCGCCGGCAUUAUCGGCCGUCUCUGCUCCGGCCGCCCCGUCUUCGGCUACGGCGCCCACUACGACGUCGAGGAAUGGGUCGAGAAGAAAUGCGCUUCCUGCCUCGAUGGCUCCCUCGACCCUCCGCCGCCGCCGGCGCAUCUCCGCCACCCUCCGCCGCUCGAUGCUGUUCCUGUAGUCGAACCCCUUGGUGGGCCGCCGGAAAUCAAGCAAGGCGCCGAUGAAAAACGCGAGAAUUUGCAGUCGGCGGCUCCCGGAACCGGCGGCGGUAAGAAUCCCGACUUCACAUCAAGUUGAUAAAUAGGCUAUGAUUUCUGGGCUGCAAAUCUCAAACCGGAGACCUUCAGGUUAUUAGCACAACACUUUGGCAUAAAGGUCUCGAACCUGCGAUCUUCACACGACACUCUGAGCUAAUGAUAUUACUCGUGAUUGUUGUAAAACAUUAAGGUUAUUAGCACAACACUUUGGCAUAAAGGUCUCGAACCUGCGACCUUCACACGACACUCUGAGCUAAUGAUAUUACUCGUGAUUGUUGUAAAACAUUAUGGCCCAUGCAAGUCUCGAACCUGCGGCCUUCGCAUUAUUAGCACGACACUCUGAGCUAAUAUGUCAAUGCGCAUGAUA